CCACUCGCUUACUCCCAGUCCCUCACUCACUCCCAGCUUUUCUUGCUUUCCUUCAAUCGCAAUUCACACCCAGUCACAUUCUCGUUUUGCAGAAGUUGUUGAUCGCAGUGGUAUGAGACAAGAUUCAAUUCAUUCGCUCCUCUCUUCUCCUUAGAGAAAUUGAAUCAAUAAAAUUCAAAUGGACGCUAUAAGAAAGCAAGCAUUGAAGCUUCGGGAACAGGUUGCUCGCCAUCAACAGGCUGUUCUGAAACAGUUUGGAGGUGGCGGUUAUGGAGGUUCAGAUAAUGUGGUUACCGAUGGAGUGGAGCUGCAGCUACACCAGAAACUUGAGAGACUUUAUAUAUCAACACGUGCAGGGGAGCAUUAUCAAAGGGAUAUUGUUCGUGGUGUAGAAGGUUAUAUUGUUACUAGGUCCAAGCAAGUGGAAAUAGGAGCAAAGUUGUCGGAAGAUAGCAGGAAAUAUGGUGUAGAAAAUACAUGUACUGGUACUACAUUGUGUAGAGCUGCACUAAGUUUUGCACGAAAGUUUUUAAAGAGUAUUUAAAUAAUUAGUGAAUAACUUUUCUGAUUUAGGC